AUGUCUGUGCUGCUGGAAACGUCACUCGGAGAUAUCACCAUCGACCUGUUGGUCGACGAUGCGCCCAGAUGCUGUGAAAACUUUCUCAAGCUGUGCAAAGUCAAGUACUACAACUUCGCCCCCGUUCAUAGCGUCCAACCAAACUUCUCCUUCCAGACUGGCGACCCCAUCGGCCCUGGGUCCAAAGACAGCGACGGCGGUCGCUCAAUAUGGGGCUUGCUCGACCCCGCACAGCCCGCGAAGAAGACGUUUGUACCCGAGUUCAAGCCUAAGCUCAAGCAUGCCGAGAUGGGAACCGUCAGCAUGGCGACCGCGCCGAACCCCGAAGAUCCAGACGAGCGGUUCGCCGGCAGCCAGUUCAUCAUAACGCUGGGGCAGAACAUCGACUACCUGGACGGCAAAGCGGCCAUAUUCGGAACAGUGGUAGAGGGUUUUGACACGCUGGAGAAGAUAAACACGGCAUAUAUCGAUGACCAGGGCCAGCCACUGAAAGACAUCCGCAUACUACACACAGUCGUCCUCGACGACCCAUACGACGACCCCGCCGGCCUCGUGGAGCCACCCGAGAGCCCUGUACCCUCCGCCGCGCAGCUCGCCACCGUCCGCGUCGCAUACGAUGAGAACCUCGAGGAGGACAACGACCCGGAAGCCCUGGAAAAGGUCCGCAGAGAACGUGAGGCGCGCGCACAAGCCCUCACGCUCGAGAUGGUAGGUGAUCUGCCAUUCGCCGAAGUCGCACCGCCUGAGAACGUGCUGUUCGUGUGCAAGCUCAACCCAGUGACGCAAGACGAGGAUCUGGAGCUUAUCUUUUCGCGAUUCGGCAAGAUUCUCAGCUGCGAGGUCAUCAGGGACAAGCGCACAGGUGACAGCCUGCAGUACGCCUUUAUCGAGUACACCAACCAGAAGGACUGCGAGCAGGCCUAUUUCAAGAUGGAUGGUGUUCUGAUCGACGAUCACCGCAUACACGUCGACUUCUCCCAGUCCGUCUCCAAGAUUGCCGACGAUUGGCGGGACGUUACGAACAAGAAGCGGAGACGGGCUGCCGGUGGUUUCGGUGGUAUCGACAACCUCGAGAAGAAGAAGCAGUAUCGCGAUGGCUCUGGACGCCAGAUCAUGUCGGAUUCUGUUGUCAACAACUUGGUGGCCGAUCGCGACGUUUCAAAAGAUACUGCGCCACGGCCGAGGGAUACCGGUAGAGAUGAUCGACGAGACGACACACGGAGGCGUGAACGGAGGACGGAAUACCACGACGACCGCUUCAAGCGGAAUCGUAGUCGGAGCCCCAAGCGCGAGCGCCGCGAUGGCGAUGAUGGAAGGUACAAUCAGAGGAGAGAGCGAAGUCGUAGCCCAAAUCGCCAUCGUGACAGCCGUCGGGAGAGGAGUCGGGAUCGCUAUCGCCGGGAUGAUCGGGACCGCCGGCGAUGA